AUGAUGGAAGAACUAGUUGCUAAACAACCAAAGCUGGUCAAUCGCUCUAGGCCACUGCUGCUUCAGGACUACGCUAGACCACACACUGCACAACAGACAGCCGCAAAACUGGAGGAGCUGCAAUUGGAAUGUCUGCGACAUCCACCAAAAGCGUUGUUUAAUUUAAAAUACACGAACGUGCGUCAAAUUUUCAUAUGCAAAGAUGCGUCCAAACAAUGCCCACCGAAGGCUGAAAGGAAGCUUCCACCAUUCUACCACCGCCCAAGGACGAAAGACCAAGUAAACUUCAUUUACAUCAACAACGUCCCACCAAAAACUGGCUUAAGGGAUUUCGUUGACAGAGCCGCGCAAGUCGUGUUCUGGACUGAAAUCAUCCGAGGUUUGGCAGUAACCCUGGGUCAUUUUUUCAAGGAGCCAGCCACCAUUAACUAUCCGUUCGAGAAAGGCCCCAUAUCCCCUCGUUAUCGAGGCGAGCAUGCUCUCCGAAGGUACCCGAGCGGGGAGGAACGAUGCAUCGCCUGUAAGCUCUGCGAGGCUAUUUGCCCAGCGCUGGCCAUAACCAUCGAGGCGGAGGAAAGACCUGAUGGGUCACGACGUGCGACGAGGUACGAUAUAGACAUGACCAAGUGUAUCUUCUGUGGCUUCUGCCAGGAGGCUUGCCCAGUGGACGCCAUUGUGGAAGGUCCAAAUUUCGAGUAUAGCACGGAAACCCACGAGGAACUGCUUUACAAUAAGGAGAAGUUGCUGAGCAAUGGAGACAGAUGGGAGCCAGAAAUCGUCAGCAAUAUACACGAUAAUCAUCUUUACCGCUGAUCCUUCUGCAUAUUUAGUAUUUUAUAUUCAAGAGAAAUUUAGAAAACGUAUGCAGAAAGCACUGCGUUAUUUUUUUUUAUUGAUUUAUCGU